UGUGGUUUUCUGCCUGGAGUUACUUCCGCGUAGGUGUUUCCCUGUGACUGGAAGUUAAAUUCAAACUGAUCCGCCCGAUACAAUAAUGGAAAUAUUACGGCUAUGAUAUUCUAUCUUUACCUCUCCUCCGAAGAGUGUUUGUCAGAGAUAUUCGCCACGGAACAGUACAGUUAAGUUUAUUAGCAGGCUAACUAGCCACGGUAGCUAGCCACUCUCUCCUUACUGCAGGUGUUUGUCUAUGCUACAGGGAAUGGGAGAAUGGAUUGUCUAUGUGAAAUAAUUCACUGUCUGGUUGUAUUGGCAGUGGCUGCUUUGAUCGUGGUGCUGCUGAUAGCCCAUCUGACUGCCGGGAUGGUGGACCUGAAGCGUCAUGAGAAGGAGAAGUUGUUCCUGACCGCGACUGGAAAGAAGGAGCCCUUCCCCAGCCUUCAUGACCCCAGCUCCCUGGAGCUGUCUGUAAUAGUGCCUGCCUACAAUGAGGAGCUACGAAUGCCUGUGAUGAUGGAGGAAGCUAUGGGAUACCUGGAGAACAGACAGAAACAGCAGCCGUUGUUUACCUAUGAGGUCAUUGUGGUGGACGACGGCAGCAGUGACCAAACAACAGAGGUUGCCUUGCAGUACACCAGGAAGUAUGGCGCAGACAAAGUCCGAGUCCUGACCCUGGUGGAAAACAGAGGGAAAGGAGGGGCCGUCAGGAUGGGUACUCUGAGUUCCAGAGGGAAGCUGAUAUUGAUGGCUGACGCGGACGGAGCCACUAAGUUUGCAGACGUGGAGAAGGUGGAGGCCGGCCUUCAUGACGUAAACAUCAAACCAGAGAACAUGGCUAUAUCCUGUGGGUCCAGAGCACACCUGGAGGAGGAGGCAGUCGCUUCGCGGUCUAUGUUCCGUACGUUCCUGAUGUAUGGGUUCCACUUCCUGGUUUGGUUUUUCUGUGUGCGAGGCAUCAAGGACACGCAGUGUGGCUUCAAGCUCUUCACCCGCGAGGCCGCCCUCAAGACCUUCUCCUCCCUACACGUGGAGCGAUGGGCCUUUGACGUGGAGCUGCUGUACAUCGCUCAGUGCUUUAAGAUCCCCAUAGCCGAGGUGGCCGUCAAUUGGACUGAGAUAGAAGGGUCUAAGCUGGUGCCAGUGUGGAGCUGGCUACAGAUGGGUAGAGACCUGGUGUUCAUCCGCCUGCGUUACAUCACUGGUGCCUGGAGACUGGAGAGCCCUCGCAAGACCGACUAGAGCCAAUCACAUCAGCCCUCGCACAAUGAGACAGCCCUCCGAUUGGACAGAUGAACUUCCUCGUUGGACAGGAUAACCGUGACCUCGGUUGUGGGCUGCGGCUCAAUAGUCUGACGUGACUUGCUCUCCUUGUGUCCUCUCCUUCAGCUGAUCUGAAAUAGCAGGACAGGUGAAAGCAUUAGAGAGGAUGCCUACUGGGAGUUUUGUUUUCACCUGUUCAGUUCUUUAAUGUCCUCUGCAGAUUGAGGAGAGGAAGCUAUUUUUAGACUAUUGAGAUGCAUCAAUGGGAGGGCUAUGUUCUCUUUCGAACAUUGCCAUUGGCUGAGAAAUCUUUAAAUGAUUGAUUGACAGGUCCCGCCAAUUGCCAGGUUCAGAAUACGCGUUUCUUUCCUUCACCUGAAAAAGGUUUGUGGUGUCCGUGGUAACAUGCACAUGCCAUUGCCACGGUUUCAGAUACACGCACAACAUGAUCAAUCCGUGUACCAUGUUACUCAUUUUUUUUACUUUUCUGUCAAACUGUUUGGGCGGGUAAAGAGGGAGGUUGACUGUAUCGCUGAGGGAUCAAUUGGAUCAUGUUUUGGUUUUUAAUCAUCAUUUUGGUCAGGUAAAAUGGAAGGUGUCAUUUUCAAUGUGUUAGAGAGGGUUAAGUGGUUGUAUAGGUAUGUCUGUAAUGUAGAAGGAUGGACUGAACCAAAUUAAAUAAAAAUCAGCUCUAAUGUUUA